AUGACUGGGAAAAGGAGAUUAGAGGAUGAUGAGGCUCUAAAGGGGUUUCUUGAGGCCAAACACAAAGAUGGGCACUUGGAGUUAUUUUGUACUGUUUCUGAAGAAAACCCUGACCAAAAAAAUCCAUUCCAGACUGAAUGGCCAAGUGAAAACCCAAACCCAAACCUGAGCCCACCCAAAGACAUUGAGAGUCAGUCUAAAGUCAGCCCACCUCAAACUUCUCUUACUAAAAAAGUGUCAAAGCCCACUGUUAUAGCAAAAAGCUCAGCAAAACAAACUCACAAAAAGGCUUCAACUGCAUUAGUUGUGAGGAGUAGCCCUAGGUGGCAACAAUCCAUAACAACAACACUUAGGAGGAGUCCUAGGUUUUCUGAUGGGAGUGAUAAGGUGAAACCUGCAAUUGAUAAAGGGAAAGGGAAGAUUUCAGAAGAGCUUGAGUUGGGUAGCAGGAGAGAAAAAGAAGAGGGGAAAGGAAAAGGCAGGUGUCAAAAUAGGUUGUUCAUUGAUGAUGAGGAUACUGAAUCUGGAUCUUCAAGUGAGGAUUUGAGUGACAUAGAUAUAGAUUGGAAUCUAGGAGAGGAGGAAGAAGGUGAUUCUAAAGAUGAGAGGGUGGAUCAGGGUACAGGUCACAUUUUAGGAGAGGAAGAAGGAAGUGAUGAUGAUGAGCUCAGAAGUGAGCAUGGGUCUGAUGAAGAGGCAGAUGACAGUCCAUGGUUUAGAGAGGAAACAGAUUUCAAAAAACCAGUUGUGUUAGUGAAGGGUCAGAAAUUUAGCAAUAUUUUGGUGCUUAGGAAAGCUCUAAGAACUCAUGUAGUAGAGAAUAGAUAUGAGUUCUAUUUUUUGCACAACAACAAGUUCAAGUUGACCACUUUCUGUAGGAGGAGAUGUGGGUGUGUAUGGGAUUCAAAGAGGAGCAAGCUGCCUGUUUGUCAGUGUAGUGAGGAAGUUAGGAGGUGCAGGUUCAAGGUGAUUUCUAGGCCUUUGUUCAAGAGUUGUGCCUGGAAAAUUCAUGAUAUUAGGUUAGAACAUAACUGUAUGAGGAGCAACAUGAAUGCAAUUGUGGCUGCUGAGUGGUUAGCUGAAAAAUAUGUAGAAGAGUGGAGAAUUAAUCCACACUGGAAGACUAACAGCUUCAGGGAUAGAGUGUUAAGUGAUUUGGGUAUCAAAAUUGGGUACUACAAGGCAUGGCUAGCUAGAGAAAGGGUAAAAUUCAUGAUAUAUGGGUCUGCAUCUGAGCAGUAUGCCAGAGUAUGGGAUUAUGGCAAGGCUGUUCAAAAGUAUAGCCCUGGGACUGUAGUUAAUGUGGUGGUAGAUCAGCUGGAGAGGCCAGAGCCACCUUUGUUCUUAAGAAUGUUUGUGUGCCUGUCUCCAUUGGUGAGGGGUUUCUUGAAAGGGUUUAGGCCACUAAUAGGGGUGGAUGGAUGCCAUUUGAAAGGCUCUUCCCCUGGUCAAAUUUUGGUGGCUAUAGGAAAGGAUGGGAACAACAGUAUCUACCCCUUUGCUUGGGCUACUGUUGAGGUGGAGAAUAAGGAAACAUGGUGCUGGUUCUUGGAAUGCUUGAAGCAGAUUCUAGAUGACUUAGAAAUGGGAGGUGGAUUCACAUACAUGUCAAAUAUGCAGAAGGGACUGCUUGAAGCAUUUGAGGAGGUGGUGCCUUUUGCUGAGAAAAGAUUUUGUGCUGACUUUGAAAUUGCAAUGGAAUCCAUUAAAUUCCUGAGUGAGGAUGCAUAUGAGUAUCUAGCCAACAUUCCUGCCCAACAUUGGACUAGGCAUGCCUUUUCAACUAACUGCAAAUCCAACAUGCUUCUUAACAAUAUGUGUGAGACAUUUAAUGCCUGUAUUAGAGAAGCUAGGGAUAAACCAAUCCUAACCCAAAUGGAGUGGUUAAGGAGAUAUGCAAUGAAAAGGCAUAAUGAUAAGUGGGAGGGUGUGAAAAAAAUACAAGGAAAAGUGAUGCCAUAUGUCAGUAAGUUGUUUGAAAGAAUGGAGAGGGUGGCUAGGCAUUGCAUAUUACAGGUGUCAAGGGAUGAUACCUAUGAGGUCAACCUAAAUGCAGACCAAGUGACAGUUGACCUUCAAAACAGAACAUGCACAUGCUAUCACUGGCAAUUAACUGGCCUCCCUUGUGUGCAUGGCUUUGCUUGCAUACUUGACAAGAGAACUGAUCCAGAGGAGUUUGUGGAUCACUAUUACACAAGGGAGAGGUACAUUGAGGCAUAUGACUUGCCUGUGCAACCUAUGCCAGGUCCCAAGCACUAG